CGGAUGGAGCAGCGCACCGCUCAGCCCCGCGCGGCCGGAGCUCAGCAUGACCUCGCCCCCUGCAGCCGCCGCACACACCCCCUGGCUGUGUCCGUCCUCAACUGAACCGGGGCGGCUCCGGCUCCGGCCCCGGGACCCCCGUCCCCCCUGCAAGACACGCCUCGGCUGGGGUGGUGAGAGGCCGCUGGCAUGGCGACCCCCGGGGACUGCUGCGUCCAGGUGGCGGUGAGGAUCCGUCCCCAGCUGUCAAAGGAGAAGAUUGAGGGAUGCCACAUCUGCACUUCAGUGACGCCUGGGGAGCCCCAGGUGCUGCUGGGAAAGGACAAGGCGUUCACCUAUGACUUUGUGUUCGACCUGGACACGUGGCAGGAGCGGAUCUACACCACCUGCGUCAGCAAACUCAUCGAGGGCUGCUUUGAAGGCUACAAUGCCACUGUGCUGGCGUAUGGCCAGACCGGCGCUGGGAAGACGUACACCAUGGGCACUGGCUUUGACACAAACAUCUCGGAGGAGGAGCACGGGAUCAUCCCGCGGGCCAUCUCCCACCUCUUCAGCGGCAUCGAGCAGCGCAAGCGGGCAGCGCAGGAGCGUGGCACAGCCGUGCCAGAGUUUAAAGUCAGCGCCCAGUUCCUGGAGCUCUACAACGAGGAGAUCCUGGACCUGUUCGACAGUGCCCGAGACCCUGACUCCCGCCACCGCAAGUCCAACAUCAAAAUCCAUGAGGAUGCCAGCGGCAGCAUCUACACCACAGGCGUCACCUCCCGCCUCAUCAGCUCCCAGGAUGAGCUGAUCCAGUGCCUGAAGCAGGGAGCUCUGUCCCGCACAACCGCCAGCACCCAGAUGAAUGUCCAGAGCUCCCGCUCCCAUGCCAUCUUCACCAUCCACCUGUGCCAAAUGCGAGUCUGUGCCCAGCCCGACCUGGUGACCGGCCUUCCAGAGGGAUCUCAAGCCACCAGCGAGUACGAGACCCUCACCGCCAAGUUCCACUUCGUCGACCUGGCUGGCUCGGAGAGGCUGAAGCGGACGGGAGCUACGGGCGAGAGAGCCAAGGAGGGCAUCUCCAUCAACUGCGGCCUGCUGGCGUUGGGAAACGUCAUAAGCGCCCUUGGAGACCAGAGCAAGAAAGCGGUGCACGUACCCUACCGAGACUCCAAACUGACCCGGCUCCUCCAGGACUCCCUUGGGGGGAACAGCCAAACCAUCAUGAUCGCCUGCAUCAGCCCCUCUGACCGGGACUUCAUGGAGACCUUAAACACGCUCAAGUACGCCAACCGGGCUCGCAACAUCAAGAACAAGGUGGUGGUGAACCAGGACAAAACCAGCCAGCAGAUCAGCGCCCUGCGGGCCGAGAUCGCCCGCCUCCAGAUGGAGCUCAUGGAGUACAAGGCGGGCAAGCGUGUGAUCGGGGAGGACGGUGCCGAGGGCUACAGUGACUUGUUCCAGGAGAACGCCAUGCUCCAGAAGGAGAACGCCACCUUGCGCAUGAGGGUGAAGGCCAUGCAGGAGGCCAUUGAUGCCAUCAACAGCCGGGUCACCCACCUGAUGAGCCAGGAGGCCAAUUUGAUACUGGCCAAGGCAGGUGAUGGCAACGAGGCCAUCGGUGCCCUGAUCCAGAACUACAUCCGGGAGAUCGAGGAGCUCAGGACAAAGCUCUUGGAGAGCGAAGCCAUGAACGAGUCGCUCCGCCGGAGUCUGUCGCGGGUCUCCUCCAGGCCCCCGUACUCCCUGGGCUCGUCUCCAGGCCUGGGGGCGCUCAGCAGCCCCGUGGUCUCCAUGGAGGCAGAGGCCACCGAAGUCCUCCGGCGGGCCAAGCAGGACCUGGAGCGGCUGAAGAAGGAGACCAGGCAGCGGAGGAAGAGCCCGGAGAAGGAGGCCUUUAAGAAGAGGCCAAAGCUGCAGCAGGAGAACGGGGAGGAGACGGACGAGAACGAGGAGGAGGAGGAGGAGCAGGAGGAGAGUGGCUGUGAGGAUGAGGACGAGGAUUCGGGCAGCGAGGAGAGCCUGGUGGACUCGGACUCGGAUGCGGAGGAGAAGGUGGUGAAUUUCCAGGCUGAUCUGGCCGACCUGACCUGCGAGAUCGAGAUCAAGCAGAAGCUGAUUGACGAGCUGGAGAACAGCCAGCGGCGCCUGCAGACCCUCAAGCACCAGUACGAGGAGAAGCUAAUCCUGCUGCAGAACAAGAUCCGUGACACCCAGCUGGAGAGGGACCGGGUGCUGCAGAACCUCAGCACCAUGGAAUGCUACACGGAGGAGAAGGCCAACAAGAUCAAGGCGGACUACGAGAAGCGGCUGAAGGAGAUGAAUCGGGACCUGCAGAAGCUGCAGGCAGCCCAGAAGGAACACGCUCGCCUGCUCAAGAACCAGUCGCGCUAUGAGCGGGAGCUCAAGAAGCUGCAGGCUGAGGUGGCAGAGAUGAAGAAGGCGAAGGUGGCACUGAUGAAGCAGAUGCGGGAGGAGCAGCAGCGGAGGCGGCUGGUGGAGACAAAGCGGAAUCGGGAGAUCGCCCAGCUGAAGAAGGAGCAGCGCAGGCAGGAGUUUCAGAUCCGGGCGCUGGAGUCUCAGAAGCGGCAGCAGGAAAUCGUGCUGCGAAGGAAAACCCAGGAGGUCUCUGCUCUGCGCCGCCUGGCCAAGCCCAUGUCGGACCGGGUCUCUGGGAGGCUGAGUCAGAAGCCAGCCAUGCUGGACUCGGGUGCGGAGGUGUCCGCCAGCACCACCUCCUCAGAACCGGAGUCCGGCUCUCGCUCGGUCUCCAGCAUCGUGCGCCAGUGGAACCGGAAAAUCGACCACUUCCUGGGAGACCCUUCGCCCUCCGUGAAUGGGGCUCGGCCCAUCAGGAAGAAGUUCCCAAAGAAGGGGAUGAGCCAGACCUUCAGCAAGGCGGCCCGGCUCAAGUGGCAGUCGCUGGAGCGGCGCAUCUUUGACGUCGUCAUGCAGAGGAUGACCAUCAUCAACCUGGAGGCGGACAUGGAGCGGCUGAUCAAGAAACGCGAGGAGCUGGCGCUGCUGCAGGAGGCGCUGCAGGGGAAGAGGGGAAAGCUGCAGGCGGAGAGCCCGGAGGAGCAGAAGGGCCUGCAGGAGCUGAACGAGGAGAUCGAGGUGCUGACAGCCAACAUUGACUACAUCAACGACAGCAUCGCCGACUGCCAGGCCACCAUCAUGCAGCUGGAGGAGACCAAGGAGGAGCUGGACUCCACCGACACCUCCGUGGUGAUCAGCUCCUGCUCCUUGGCCGAGGCGCGCCUCCUGCUGGACAACUUCCUCAAGGCAUCCAUCGAUAAGGGGCUGCAGGUGGCUCAGAAAGAAGCCCAGAUUCGCCUGCUGGAAGGGCGCCUGAGACAAACGGAUGUGACCGGCUCCUCCCAGAACCAUGUGAUCCUGGAUGCCCUGCGGGAGAAAGCGGAGUCCCACCCCGAGCUGCAGGCGCUCAUCCACAAUGUGCAGCAAGAGAACGGCUACGCCAGCACGGACGAGGAGAUCUCGGAGUUCAGCCUGGCCUCGGAGGGGAGCUUCUCCCAGUCUUUCACCAUGAAGGGCUCGGCCAGCCAGGACGACUUCAAGUUCAAGGGGGAACCUAAGCUGUCAGGCCAGAUGAAGGCUGUGUCGGCCGAGUGCCUGGGACCCACGCUGGACAUCUCCACCAAGAACAUCACCAAGUCCUUGGUGUCCCUCAUGGAGAUCAAGGAAGACGGGAUCGGCUUUUCUAUCCGGGAUUCCUACUACAAGGAUAAGGUCUCCCGCACCAUCAGCCUGCCCACCCGCGGCAGCACCUUCCCUAGGCAGUCCCGUGGCUCGGACACCUCGCCUCUGACCCGGAGGAAAUCCUAUGACCGGGGGCAGCCUGCCAGGACUUCGGACGUUGGCUUCACGCCUCCCUCGUCCCCUCCCACCAGGCCGCGCAAUGACCGCAACGUCUUCUCCCGCCUCACCAGCAACCAGAGCCAGGGCUCCGCGCUGGACAAGUCUGACGACAGCGAUUCCUCUGUCUCGGAGGUGCUGAGGGGCCUCAUUAACCCCGUGGGCGGUGCCAGGAGCGCCCGGACGGCCCCGCUGCAGUGCAUCUCCGUGGCGGAAGGACACUCCAAGCCUGUUCUCUGCGUGGACGCCACCGACGAGCUGCUCUUCUCCGGAUCCAAAGACCGGAGCUGCAAAAUGUGGAACCUGGUGACGGGCCAGGAAAUCGCCUCGCUGAAGGGCCACCCCAAUAAUGUGGUAUCCAUCAAGUACUGCAGCCACUCAGGGUUGGUCUUCACUGUCUCCACCUCCUACAUCAAGGUGUGGGACAUCCGGGACUCAGCCAAGUGCGUCCGCACCCUCACCUCUUCAGGUCAGGUGAUCUCUGGGGACGCCUGUGCUGGGACCACCACCCGCACCAUCGCCAGCGUGCAGGGCGAGCACCAGAUCAACCAGAUCGCGCUCAACCCCGCCGGCACCAUGCUCUACGCUGCCGCCGGGAACUCCGUCCGCAUCUGGGAGCUCAACAGGUUGCAGCCUAUCGGGAAGCUGACCGGCCACAUCGGGCCUGUGAUGUGUCUCACUGUGAACCAGACUGCGAGCAACCAUGACCUGGUCGUCACCGGCUCCAAGGAUCACUACAUCAAGAUGUUUGAGAUUGCGGACAGCGUGGUGGGGAAUGUCGGCCCCACCCAUAACUUCGAGCCCCCGCACUACGACGGCAUCGAGUGUCUGGCCAUCCAGGGCGACGUGCUCUUCAGCGGCUCCAGGGACAACGGGAUCAAGAAGUGGGACCUGGAGCAGCAGGAGCUCCUCCAGCAAAUCCCCAACGCGCACAAGGACUGGGUCUGCGCCCUGGCCUUCGUCCCCGGCCGCCCCAUGCUGAUGAGCGCCUGCCGCGGGGGCGUGGUGAAGGUCUGGAACGUGGAGAACUUCACGCCCGUUGGGGAGAUCAAGGGCCACGACAGCCCCAUCAAUGCCAUCUGCACCAAUUCCAAGCACAUAUUCACUGCUUCCAGCGACCUGACAGUGAAGCUCUGGAGCCGGAGAAGAUUGUUGAACGGCCCGACCUAGGCACUGGAAAGGCCGGAGCCAGGGCGACUCUCAGGCUCCCUGCCAGGCCCAGGCCCCAGCCCCUCUCCCUGGCUGUGAAGAGCUGGGAGCGGCCUGGCCUGUGUGUGCUCCAGUUUCCAGGACUCUGUGGUCACGGCAUCUCAGCUGGGGCUUUGUGAACUCCCAGCUCCCACAGCUAGGGGGUGUCGUUCCCGUCCAGCCCCACGCUGGGUUUCCAUGAUGCAUAGGGCUUUCUGCUGACCGGGGCGUGGCCAGGCAGUGCUUCGGGACAUGGCCUUGCCAGCCACGGGGAGGACCCCAAGCUGAGAGACUCAACGGGAUCAUUCCAGUCUGUCCCACAGCCCGUUCAGCACUCCCCACGCCCCAGAGCCUGGAUGUGUGAGAGGGAUACUGCCACCUGCAUCCUGCUGCUGGCCUCUGCACCUCCCGGGUACCUGGGGUCUCCUUCCCUCUGGAAGCAGCUGCAGGCCCCGCUCCACACCUCGUCGUUCAGCAGAGCUGGAUUCUGCCGGCCAGUACCGAAAUAUGGAGAGGGCUUGUGUGCUGCCCGAAGAUCACCCCAGUGCCACGCUCAGGGCCGACCCCAGCCUGGCACCAGCAGGGUGCAUGGAGCACCGCUGGGGAAUGACCCGCUCCCAAAGAUGGCUUUCCAGCCCUGGCACUGCACUGGGGCUCCUUGCAAGGGGCUCCGGCAGCAGCUCCAUCGCUGGGUCUCUUGAUCAAAUCUGCAUGCUGCCUGGCAAUUGUCGACCUCUGCAUCUGACCCACCUUGUUCGGAGCCAGAAUGCCCCCCCUUCUGCCCCGGGGGUGGAGAGAAGGAAGCUGGCACAUCGGGAAAAUCCCUGUGGGCGUCUCCAAGGAAAAGUGGAAUUUCUGGAUCUGUUCACUCUAGGUACCCCCUGACCUGACUGAGCCUUAAUCCCGCACUGGUCGGUUCGCUCUUCCCUGUGGUCCCCUCACUGCCCAUUUGGACAAACGGCUUGGUGCCAUCUCUGCUGUGCGUGGGACAAGCUCGUUCCCAGCUGCUGCGGGAAGGGAUCGAAGCUUUUAGAGUGGGGUUUUAAAGAAUGUUUUAAGCACCCUUGAGAACGGAUUGGGACCUGGGGAUUUUUAAUAGCUGGGAAAGGCUUUAAUGCUGGGAAAAGGGCUAAGCUCUUUGCACCAUCACAGAGGAGGGGUUUAGGUUUGCUUGGGGCAGUUCCCUGCCUGCCAGCCUGUGGGUCCUGGCUCGGGAGAGGUCUGGGAUUAGAGUAGUGGAAGGGCGGGUAGGGAGCGGUUAUGUGGUCAGGAGAGAGGUGCGUUGGCAAAGGCAGAGGGCGUGGGGCGCUCUGGAUGGGAUCUGCAGCAGGGAGCGGGGCAGGGCUAGAAUGGAGCUGGAUGAAGGGGAGGAUGGGAUUAGCGGGAGGGGCCCACAUGAGACUUGAGGUGCAUUAGCAGAGCUGGGGGGUGGCAAUGAGGGGUUGCCCGUGGCCUGCCCAUGCUCUGCUUGCCACCCAUCUGCACUGCCAGUCUGGCACGAGACACUAAAUCACCAAGGUCACCCCAGAUUUGGGUUUUAUAAAGGUCAAAAUUCCGUAAGGUCUCUCACCACCAUCUCCCACCAUGCUUGGGUGCCCCCCCGCUUCCUCUGGGGCAUCCGCAGCCAAGUGCCUGCAGCUGCCAGAGCCACAUGGGCACCCCACAGCGCUGCACUCCCCAAAGCACAUGGACUCACUUUCAUUGGGGUCUUUCGCUACCUUCACUCCCUCCCCUAAGGACUGGCUAAGGCAUCCCAGUCCCAUGUAGCCAGUGCCUAGUGCAGUCGCACCCUUCGUCAGCCAGCUUCUCGCUGCAGCUUAACGCCCUAGGGGUGCAGAACUUGCCGCAAAAUGGACGUGAGGGAACCGCAGCAGGCUGGCCGUUUUCCCCAGGUGCAUUUCUUGUGUCGCUCCGCACGUCACGUAGGAAGCGGCGGCUGGAGUUUGGUUUUACGGAUUGAUUCCCGUUGAUGUGCUGGGGGCGGUGAAGUUUUGGCUCUUCAGCUAACUCCAUCAGCAAUGGAUUGUUUGUUCUCUGGGAUCCAAGACUUUCAGUAUCCUUGGUUAACAGGUGAUUUCCCCUGGUGUCCUUCUACACGGCAGCUCGAAGGACAACACCAAGGGGUUCUUACCCCAGAUUUGACCUCCUUUCAAACUUAUAAACUGAAUGGGAAAUGUUUCCACUUUCUAAACAUCAGCAGCCUCUUUAUUUAUUUAUUUUGCCUUUUGAUAAUCCAGCUGCCCUGUCUUGCAGUAGCAAACCCUACAAAAACUGUGAUUGAUCGCCCCCUGCUGGACAAAGUAAAAAUUGCCUCCAAUCGCUGCUGCUCUGUGGAAACAAAGCAGUGUUUCUGAGGUGGGAAAACGUGUUCAUUUCCAUCAUGCCUCUGAGCAUCUGGCUACUGACCGGGAUGGGGAGCUUGGAAGUCCUGCCAGGAUGCUGGCUCUGGGGGAUCCAAACACAGUGACUUGGUUUGCUCAGCUACGCCUGACAACCACCCAUCAUUCUCCCACUCCUGCCCCCAACGAAAGGAGAAGCAUCCCCAGGGCUCUGCCGAUGCCAUGGGGGAGGGGAACGCAUGUUAAAGUGAUGCGUUCCAGCUACCGAGAGAGUGGGUUAUAUCCAAGAUUCCCCCCCCCCCUCCAUGGAACAGGAUUAAACUGGCUGGCUGGGAGAGAAGAUGGAUUUUUUUUUCCAUUUGGCAACAAGAGGGACAAGCAAAUGUGAAUUGUCUGAAAUGAAGAGGAUGGGAGCUAGGGGCUCUGAGUCGCCACUCAUGUCACUGGUGCAUGGGUGGGGGGUCUGUACGCUGGAGGAGGAUGUCUGAGUCUCUGCUUGGCACAAGGGCUGUCGAAUGCAGCUGCUCUCAUAGGGUAACACUUGACAUCCGCUCUGCCCUGGCAGGUGUGACUGGCUCUGGGGGCAGGAGGCAGCCAGGGCAGUGGUGUCUCUGCUUUAAUGGGGCUUCAUCUGCUCUUUAUGAGCCUGAUCCGAAGCCAGCCGAAAGUCUCCCAUUGACCUCCAUGGAGUUUGGAUCAGGCGCUCAGUGGGGGUCGCUGCAUGAGAAGGGAAGAUUUCACUGGCAUGUAGCCCAGUGGCCGCUUCUUGGGAUUCCCUGAUUCUUUCCCUCGGGGCUUAUCCCAGGCAACGCCGCUCCAAUGACCCGCAGCACGUUGCAAGACCGAGCGCUCAUGGGGGCUGGGCCUCUGUCUCGCACCAAGCGAUUGCAUCUCGUGGCGUUCCCGGCCAGCAAAACCCCACAGGAGGUCAAUAGGAACAAGCAGGUUGAAAGAUGGAAAUUUCCUCCCAAGUUGUCCCAAGGUCAUGGCUGGCGCCCAGCCAGCCGGCAUCAUAUGAUCCAGUUCAAAGCACCUGGCGUGUGUCCACUGUCAGCUCCCAUGUGCUGGGCAAAGCCCUUCCCCUGAGGUGUCCCUGCUGGCUCCUCUCCCUGUGUGGCAGGGAGAGCAGGCGGGGGCCGUGUUGUACUGUAGUUGUGUGUGCACCUGCAGUCUUUUUUCAUUGGGGGGGUGUCAUAUGGGGGGUUCUUUUGGUUAAGCUACCUCAC